AUGCUCUCAACUCCCCAGUUUCCACUGCUCCGUCUCCCACUUGUCGCCCUGAGACACACCCUCCGAAUGAUGGGUCCAUCCGACGUAUUUCUACUCACCCUCUUCUUCAAACGCCUUCGACUCGUCGCCCAAUCGAUAUUCCCACGCACGAAACCGUCGUUUUACGUGGAUUACUGUGGAGAUCAAAAAGUUGGAGUACUGUAUGCCCGGUUUUCUCCGAAGUUGAAUGUUCCGAUUCUUAAAAUCAAUUUUCGGACGAAAAAGGAGGAGUUUUUGAAGAAAUGGAAAAUUGAUGGAGAGAAGUUUCGCUGUUGUUUCGACUUCCCCGCCAACUCCGACAUCCCACUCAUCAUCAUUUCGUCACAAGACAACACAAAGUUCUGGAAGAUCCUCCAAACUCAUUUCUCUCGCGUCUUCCCAAAAACCGGCGCUCCCCAUGUGGCGGUUACUGUAGAUACCAUGUCAAAAGUGCCAAAAUCGGAAAAAGUGGAUUUGAUCGAAGUGAAAGAAUCGAAAAAUCGGAUUCUGAAGACGUCGGAAGUGGAGAAAUUCAUGGAAAUUUAUAAUCCGAUUUUGAUCUACGUUCAUCCUCGAAUGGAAGGAGAACUCUCGGAUAAAUCGUGUCUAUUGACCUGCGAGAACCUUCUGAUCUCCUAUUCCCGCCAUUUUUCCCGCCAAAAUUUUUUGAAUUUUUCUGGAAAAUAUCUUCUGCUUCAGAAUACUAUUUUGACUAGUGAAGACCUCAAAAUCUUUUUGGAAACUUGGCAUAAAGGGGCCGAUAGGCACCUGAAAGUGGUUUAUGUAUUUGGAAACACUAAUUUCGAAAAGGAAAAAAUUCUGGAAGGAUUUGACGUGAAGCCGUGGGAUAAGACGAGGAGACCAGCGAUUUAUCCCUCUCGGGCGAGAUUUAUCAACCCCGAAUAUCACUACGACUGCACAAACGCUAUGGACAUUGUAAGAGAAAGUGAUGGAGCGCUGGCAAGCAUUCGAAUUGACCCAAGUGCUUUCAUGUUCUAUGUUUGGAUUCUAUAA